UUUCCCGCUUUCGUCCGAACAAAUCGUGACAUCUCUUCGUCGUCGUCGUUGUUGUUGUUUUCGGCUGACGGACGGACGGAAAGAGGUUUUCGGGCUUCGGCAAGUGACAGACGGUGGCGCCUAAAUCUCGCGCUGCUCUCUCACUCAUACACGCACUCUGUGUUUGAAUGGUUGUCGCGCGCAUUCGUACACAUAUAUAUUUUCCAUCUUGCUCGAUCUGACGCUCGCGCCAUAUCCGUCCCCGUCUUUCCCCCCCGCUGUAAUAUGCUCUUUUUGACGGACGGACGGAAGUCGGCCAUUGUAGUUUGGUAGCAUUUGUACUUCGUGUCUGUUAUCAUCGCGUGUACAUUAUUUACAUAUGCCGUAUGCGUGUGAUGCACGUAGUUAGUAGUAUACGUCGAUGAUCACGCAUCAACAUCAUCAUCUACGCAAACGCUGCUGCUACCAGUGAAAAAAGGCAAAAGAAAGGCAUAACAAUAUAUCAUAACCUCUGAAACGUGACCGCCGCGCGGUUUUCGAUCUGUUUUUGUUUCUCCCCUCGACCAGUAACUUUUUUUUUUAUUAUUAUUGUUGUUGUGGUGUUCCUGCCACCGUGUUUGCCUGGUGUUAUUUUUUUUCCCCCAAAGAAUCGGUCGUCUUGUGCGCGUAUGUGAAACCUCAAAAGCUACCAACCGUUUCCCCACCAUCACCACCGCGCCGUCACCGGCGCCACCUCCGCUGCCGCUGCUGCUGCUUCACAUCAUCGUAAUCAUCGCCGACGCCCCCUCCUCCACUGCUCGCGCGCGUUCGUUUUCUCUACCUCCCUCCCUCCAUACCACUCUCUCUCUCUCUCUCUUCGGAAGUUCAAGUUUUUGGGUAACACGAAAUCCCCGUUUCUCGGUGUUCUUCUCUUCACGCUAGUUUUUGAGGGGGGCUCGCCGGGCCUAGCAUGCGAAUGUUGCGAAUUCCAAAGCAAGAAAUGGAUGACGACGAGAAAGGAAAAUUGUUUGUUGGCGGUCUGUCAUGGGAGACCUCCCAAGACAACCUUAGCCGGUACUUCCAACGAUACGGAGAGGUUAUCGAUUGUGUGGUGAUGAAGAACGCCGAGUCCGGAAGGUCCCGCGGCUUCGGAUUCGUCACCUUCGCCGACCCCAAUAACGUAACCGUAGUCUUACAAAACGGUCCUCAUACAUUAGAUGGACGCACUAUUGACCCUAAGCCGUGUAAUCCACGCACCCUGCAGAAGCCGAAGAAAGGAGGCGGUUACCCGAAGGUGUUCCUGGGUGGACUGCCGUCCAACGUGACCGAAACCGACCUGAGGACGUACUUCAUGCGGUUCGGAAAAGUGAUGGAGGUCGUUAUCAUGUACGACCAGGAGAAGAAAAAAUCCAGAGGAUUUGGUUUCUUGUCGUUUGAAGAUGAGGAGGCAGUGGAUCGGUGUGUAUCUGAACACUUCGUGAACCUGAAUGGGAAGCAGGUUGAGAUCAAGAAGGCGGAACCCCGCGACGGAUCCGGCGGUGCCAAGAUGAACGAUCCGGGUUCCGCAUGGGGUCCACCUCAAGCACCGUUGGGCAUUAUGCAGGGCCCUAACGGUCAGAUGGGCGGUCCGCCGAUGAACAUGGGCGCCCACAUGGGACCCAACAUGAUCCAGAGCUAUCAAGGCUGGGGCACUUCGCCUCAGCAGCAGAGCUAUGCCGGUUACGGAACGCCGAGCGGUCCCGGCUCCUACCAGGGCUGGGGUGCUCCACCGGCACCGCAAGGUCCGCCCCCGCAAUGGGGCAACAAUUAUGGAGGUCCGCCGCAGCAGCAGGGAUACGGAUCUUACGGGUACAUCGCUGGCGAUCUUUACACCCGUCAGCAGUCAGGACCAGGCGGUCCCGCCACGCCCAACGCCCCCCAAAAUUCGAAUGCUGCUAACUCGAAGCCACCGCCGUCCGCCUCCGAUUACUCCAACUACGCUGCGUACGGAUCGUACUCGGGCGACGCGGGUGGAGCAUACGGAGCCCCGCCUCGUUCCUACGGCAGCGAUGCAGGAUCCCAAGUAGGAAGUUACACGUCCCAACAGCAACAGCAGGCAGCACAAAACUCAGGAGGCGAUUUCUCGGCGGCCGCAGGAGAUUCGUACAGUGGCGGCAGACGCCAGAGGGGCGGGGGCGGCUCUAGCAGCGGAGGUGGUGCCGGCGGCUAUAAUGCGAACCAACAGCAGUAUCAUCCCUACAAGAGAUAAAAUUCCAACCACAUCACACCCCCCAAACAAACCCUUUCCACCCCCCCGCUCCCCACCCCAAGCAUAUAUGUGACAGAUAGAGAUAGAGAGAAAGAUAAACAAAUGCACACAGGGUAUUGUUCUUGUCGACUUGGACUAAUAUUUUAAUAUUAUUGUUCUUUAUUAUUUUUGUUAAUGUUAAGUUAUGUAUUAAGUAUUCUCCACGUCUCUCCCCACAUAUUUUUAUUAUUAUUAUAACUACUGUUGAAUUAUUU